CUGUGUACCCAGCAGUGUGUUGCAUGGACAAAUGCCCCUAAGUCCUGGCAACAGGGGUCUUAGUGCUGUUUUGCUCAUUUGGCAUAUGGAGACAUGGAGGUUUACAGUGGAGCCAGUGUGAAGCACCUAGAAAGUUUCUCUGCUGGCUAGAGUUGAUGUGAAGAAGUUAAUUAAUUGCUCUUUUAAUGACGAGCUCGCUCUCCCACCUCUGCUGUCUUCCGAAACUAACUACAGAAGAGCCAUCCGGAGCCCCAGCUGUACAAGACUUGCCUGCCACCAGCAUGAGUUCUGAAUGUGAUGCUGGAAGCUCGAAAGCCGUUGUGAAUGGCUUGGCACCUGGCAGCCAUGGGCCAGACAAAGCAACUGCAGACCCUUUACGUGCGCGCUCUAUUUCUGCUGUUAAAAUAAUUCCUGUGAAGACAGUGAAAAGCCCUACAGGCCUAGUACUCCCUCCAGACAUGGACCCAACAAAAAUUUGCACUGGGAAAGGAACCGUGACCCUUCGGGCCUCCUCUUCCUACAGGGAAACCCCAAGCAGCAGCCCUGUGAGCCCCCAGGAAUCUCCAAAGCAUGAGAGCAAGUCAGGCCUGGAGCCGGAGGACCCUUCGGCAGAUGAGUGGAAACUUUCUUCCAGUGCCGAUGCCAAUGGCAACGCCCAGCCCUCCCCUCUUGCUGCCAAGGGCUACAGAAGUGUACAUCCCAGCCUUUCUACUGACAAGCCCCAGGCUGCCACCUCCUCCAGCCCAGCCCCGUCUGAGGUAAUAGUUGUCCCUCACUACCUGGUUAAUACUGACAGAGGGCAAGAAGGCACUGCCCGAACUCCAGCAUCUCUGGGGCCGCUUGGCUGCGUCCACACUCUCCCGGCGACCACCCCUGCUGCCUCACCUCUGACCUUCCCGACACUAGAUGAUUUCAUUCCCCCUCAUCUGCAGAGGCGACCCCAGCACAGCCAGCCAGCCAGUGCUUGUGGCUCCCUCUCCCCUGCUAGCCAGACGCCACCACCCUCACCACCACCUCCGCUGGUCCCUCCCAUACCGGAGGACCUCCACAGAGGCUUGGAGCCUGACCUCCCGGGAGCUGUCUCAAGUACCGGCGGUCCUUUACUAACUGAAGUUUCUUCUUCCCAUAUUGAAACUGAUUCUCAAGCCUUCCCUCCAACAAGCAAAGCUUCAUCUGCCUACCCCUCCACCACAAUCGUCAACCCCACCAUUGUGCUUUUGCAGCAUAAUCGAGAACAGCAAAAACGACUCAGUAGUCUUUCAGAUCCUGCCUCAGAGAGAAGAGUUGGUGAGCAGGACUCAGUGCCAACCCCAGCAGAACUCACUUCGCCCAGCAGGGCUGCUGAAAGGAGAGCAAAGGAUGACGGCAGGCGGGUGGUGAAGAGCGCACAGGACCUGAGCAAUGUGUCUAUGGAUGAAGUGGGCAUUCCACUCCGGAAUACCGAGAGAUCGAAAGACUGGUACAAAACCAUGUUUAAACAGAUCCACAAGCUGAACAGAGACACUCCUGAAGAAAACCCUUAUUUCCCUACGUACAAAUUCCCUGAACUUCCUGAAAUCCUGCAAAAUUCUGAAGAGGACAACCCUUACACUCCUACCUACCAGUUUCCUGCAUCUACUCCUAGUCCUAAGUCUGAAGAUGAUGAUUCUGAUCUACAUUCUCCUCGAUACUCCUUUUCUGAAGACACAAAAUCUCCCCUUUCUGUGCCUCGCUCAAAAAGUGAGAUGAACUACAUUGACACGGAGAGAGUGGUUAAGAGGUCGGCCACACUCCCCCUUCCAGCCCGCUCAUCCUCACUCAAGUCCAGCCCAGAGAGAAACGACUGGGAGCCUCCUGAUAAGAAAGUGGAUACCAGAAAAUACCGAGCAGAGCCCAAAAGCAUUUACGAAUAUCAGCCGGGCAAGUCCUCCGUUCUGACCAAUGAGAAGAUGAGUCGGGAUAUAAGCCCAGAAGAGAUAGAUUUAAAGAAUGAACCUUGGUAUAAAUUCUUUUCGGAAUUGGAGUUUGGGAAACCGCCUCCCAAAAAGAUAUGGGACUAUACUCCUGGAGACUGCUCUAUCCUUCCUAGAGAGGAUAGAAAGACUAAUCUAGAAAAAGAUCUCAACUUCUGCCAAACAGAGUUAGAGGCAGAUUUAGAGAAAGUGGAGACGAUUAAUAAAUCACCCAGUGCAAACCCGCCACAGAGCUCAGCAGUCAGCCCGACUCCAGACAUUACCUCAGAGCCUCCUGGAUAUAUCUAUUCUUCCAACUUCCAUGCAGUGAAGAGAGAAUCAGAUGGGAGCCCCGGGGGUCUCGCUAGCUUGGAGAAUGAGAGGCAGAUUUAUAAAAGUGUCUUGGAAGGUGGCGACAUCCCUCUUCAAGGCCUGAGCGGGCUCAAGAGACCCUCCAGCUCAGCUUCCACUAAAGAUUCAGAGUCACCAAGACAUUUUAUACCAGCUGAUUACUUGGAGUCCACAGAAGAAUUUAUUCGGAGGCGGCAUGAUGAUAAAGAGAAACUUUUAGCGGACCAGAGAAGACUUAAGCGCGAGCAAGAAGAGGCCGAUAUUGCAGCUCGCCGCCACACAGGUGUCAUCCCGACGCAUCAUCAGUUUAUCACUAAUGAGCGCUUUGGGGACCUCCUCAAUAUAGAUGAUACCGCAAAAAGGAAAUCUGGGUUAGAGAUGAGACCUGCCCGAGCCAAAUUUGACUUUAAAGCUCAAACACUGAAGGAACUGCCUUUACAGAAGGGAGACAUUGUUUAUAUCUACAAACAGAUUGAUCAGAACUGGUAUGAAGGCGAACACCAUGGCCGGGUGGGAAUCUUCCCACGCACCUACAUCGAGCUUCUUCCCCCAGCUGAGAAGGCUCAGCCCAGGAAGUUGGCGCCCGUGCAGGUUUUGGAAUAUGGAGAAGCAAUUGCAAAGUUUAACUUCAAUGGUGAUACACAAGUAGAAAUGUCUUUCCGAAAGGGGGAGAGGAUCACGUUGCUCCGACAGGUGGAUGAGAACUGGUACGAAGGCAGGAUUCCUGGAACAUCCCGCCAAGGCAUCUUCCCCAUCACCUAUGUAGAUGUGCUUAAGAGGCCAUUAGUGAAAAACCCUGUGGAUUACAUCGACCUGCCUUAUUCUUCUUCCCCAAGCCGCAGUGCCUCUGCGAGCCCACAGUGUACUAGUCACAGCAAGUUCAUCAUGCCAGCCCCUUCAUCUCUACCCCACCCCCACCGAGCCCUGUCCCCUGAGAUGCACGCCAUCACCUCCGAGUGGAUCUCGCUGACUGUUGGGGUCCCAGGCAGGCGUUCUCUGGCCAUGACACCGCCUUUGCCUCCUCUGCCUGAGGCCUCUAUCUAUGACACGGACCACUUGGCCUUGUCAGCGAGGGCCCGUUCCUCCUUGCCACUCAGCCUCCCCUAUUCGAGUCGGUCAGAUCACUCUACCCUGCGCUCAGUGGUUUCCCCACUGGCCCUGCCUCCACCCCACAAAGCCUACUCACUGGCACCCAGUGCCCAGGCGCCUCUUCACGUCAAUGGAGAUGGUGGUAUUCACAUUCGCCAAGAUGGCUUCUCCCAGCCACCACUUGGGAACUCUGAUAGGGUCAUCUCAGAGCUUAGUGAUGCCUUUAGCAGCCAGAGCAAGAGACAGCCCUGGCGAGAAGAUGGACCAUAUGAGAGGAAAGCAGAGAGCGAGGCAGGUGAGAGAUGCCCUGGUGGACUCAAGAUCUCUAAGAAGAGCUGCUUGAAGCCUUCAGACGUGGUCAGGUGCCUGAGUUCUGAGCAGAGACUGUCAGAGUUCCACACUCCUGAGGACAGCCAGUCCUGCAAGCCUCUGAGUAGCCCUUUCCCAGCGUGGGAAGCUGGGCCACCAGAGCUUCACAGAGGUGUCGGGGCUGACAGGAAGGCUGCUCAGAGUGGUGUGAGCCAGCCUUCUCAUCAUUCAUUGAGCGCAGGACCUGAUCUCACAGAAUCUGAAAAGAACUAUGUGCAACCUCAAGCCCAGCAGCGAAGAGUCACCCCAGACAGGAGUCAACCUUCACAGGAUUUAUGUAGCUACCAAGCAUUAUAUAGUUAUGUGCCGCAGAAUGAUGAUGAGUUGGAACUCCGAGAUGGAGAUAUUGUUGAUGUCAUGGAAAAAUGUGAUGAUGGAUGGUUUGUUGGUACUUCGAGAAGGACAAGGCAGUUUGGUACUUUUCCGGGCAACUAUGUAAAACCUUUAUAUCUAUAAGAAGACUGAAAAGCACAGAGAUUAUUUUUAUCAGAGGAUGAAGCAGCAUUCAUGACCUGGCUUCUUUAUUUAAAUAUUGAGUCAGAAGGAAAAUUAAUGCAGUUGGUAAAGGAAGAAUUCAAAGAGAAGAACAGGGACUUGUGUUUAAAACCCACUGCGUAUCAGGGCUUAACUGUGUGCUGAGGAAAUCGGUAUUUACAAAGCUGCUUCUGGGAGCUGCUCCAGACCCCACCACUUGGAUAAUAUGAUCUGGAGUAGUGUCUAUAAGCAGCGUUAGCCAAAACAUGUGCCCAGUUGUUACCCACUCCCAUUUUAAAGGGGUCCCUUGGGGCCAGAUAGGUCAGUCCCCACCCAUGUUCCAAACAGGCUCAAAGCCUAAGAAUCAUUGACAACCCCUGCCUCUAUCCCUGGCUGUUCCAGAGCCAGCAGACCCCAAGUGCUUCUAGAGGCUGGUCAGCGUUCCUGAGGUUUUCCUUCAGCACCAUGAUUUGAUGAGGUCCAGGAGAAGAGAAAUGGAGGCAGACCAGGCACCCUGGCAUUCAGCAUGCUGGGUGACAUUGCCCUUUACUGCCCUGAUACUCAGACAGAAGAGCGUGCCAUGUUUGUCCUGAGCUUUGGAGCAGGUGGCCAGGCAGAUGGGUUACAUUCAUGUUUCCACAUAAUUAAGCCAGUCACCUUGGAGGUCACUUGGAGUGUUCUCCUUCCCUGGUCACCAUCACUGGCUGGGCAGGGUUAGCUAUGCCUUUUUUCUCUGGCUUAGUAUGGCCUUGACACACCUAAGCCCAUAGAACAAGACUGGUCUCUUAUUAGUUCUCUUAGCGUGUGUAGAUGUGAGCUGGGGCACCAGAGUAAGAGACUCCCAGACCUAGGAAGGGACACUGUGCCUCCACUGUUGCCUCUCCACUGUUGCCUGUGGAGCUCAAAGACCACCCAGAACUGUUGUCCCCCUAGCCCUUGCCCCCUCCUCCCCACCACCCCAGGCCAGUGAGGCACAUGGUGAGGCCUCCAUUCAGAGCUGCCUUGGGUAUGAAGCAGCAAUUCUCCUCCUGGUGGCAACCAGGAGUCUGUCCUCUGUGAGCCCGGGUUGUAAGGAGGGGACUGCUUUGACACCGGGGUGUUUAGUGUGGUUUACUGUGAUUCUCUGCUAGAUCCCUAACUGACUCAAAGAUAGGUGUGGCCUGUUCCCAGAGUUGAGCCUGCCAGGGGCUCAGCCGCAGGGCACGGAAGAUGUAGGGAAAGAAGCCCAAUCUAGAGAGACUGUGAUAUGUGCAGAGGGUGUGAGAAGAAGGGGUGAAUUUCUGCUGAGGGGGGCCCCGUAGAAAGCACUGUCAGGUUUCCAUCUCCCUCAGCUCACUUCUGAGCAUCGAGGAUGCUGGGAGAAACUUUGUCUGAGGGUAGUUUAUGUCUGGAAAUUCUUGGGAUUUUUUUUUUCCAGAGUCUGAUACUCUUAUUCUACCCACAAAUACAUGUACAAGGUCACAAAUGCCAGGAGUUGUUGGUGAUAGGGGUAUGUACUGGAACCCUGGCUCUCUGCAAGCAGUUCAAAAUCACCCUAACCACUGUCCCCAAGUCGGGAGUCUUUACAAGCCCGUAACUUUUGUCUUCAGUGAUUCCUCCACUGCUAUCCUAGAUAGCCUAGGAUCCCACAGGCUUCCCCCACCCACCCGUCAGCCACAGUUCUCCAAGGAUGCUCUCAGAAAGGAAACUGCCAACUAUUGAUUCACGCUGAAAUAUGAAUGACGGGUAGGAGGAAUGUGUUACCUCUUCCUGGAGACAUUUACAAUUGGGGGAGAGCAGAGCCUUUAAUCCCAAGGGAAAAUGGAGUGGAACCAAAGGCGUAAAAGCUUCCCAGGCAGAAAAGACCUGGUGACUCUGACCUGUUGCUUUGGAAGCUCUGCACCAGCCAGCAGCACUGCCCUGCUUCUUCUUCUAAUUUUUUUUUACCUUUGCCCCUCUCAAAGAGCAUAUAGAAAAAAAAAAAAAAAAAGGAAUUCGUAUGUGCAUUUUUUAACCCAUUUGGAAUGCAGUUCUUGCUCUCUCCUAGAUGCCAAUCAUGAAUAGUAUGAAAUAGUAUCUAAAUUUCCUGAGGGGUGCUUUUUGAUUAAGUAGGUCAUUUCAAACACCCCUUUAAAUGCAGCUAGAAAAUAAAACCAUUUUGUAAAAGCCACAUUUGCAUCCAGUGCCAGCCUAGCACAGAGUAUCUCCCGAAAUCCAGGUAUGCCCACCUUUAAUAAAAUCUCUCCAACUUCUGAUGUAUGAGGAAAAACAAAACAAAACAAAAAAAAAGGGAAGGUUUCCAAUUACUCUUUUGUCUUCAGACGUUUAGUAAUAUAAAGUACCUAUUUUUAUGCUGAAAUGUUUAUACAGGUUUAUUAACAGCAAGCGCAACUAACUGGCGGCAUGCCUCACAUCACGUUUUGAUAUAUUAGCCAUGCUUCCAGAUAAAGGCAAGCCCGAAACUACUCACCUUUUGCAGUCUCUCUGGGAUCAGUAAAAGAAAAAAAACAUCAUAUGUUUGAGAAGUGGGACUGUAAAUAUGUAAUGUAUAUUUAACUUUGUGGAGCCCAUGUACCUACCUUGUAUAGAAAAAUAAUUUUUAAAACUUGAGUGGAAAGGAAGUAAAAUAAGAAAGUCAUGAAGGUUUUUUUUUUCCACUUUUAUUUAAAUGAAGGAAUUUCAAAUAAUUCACCUGCGGACUUUUAGCACAAAAAUAGUCCUUGGAAAUUGUUAACUGGGGAAGAGAAGACAACUAUAAUAUCAUUUACAGUUUUCUUUCUGCAGUCCUUCUUAUCUGCAUUAGUAUUAAGUCAUAUUGCUGAAAUAGGUUACUACCAGAAAAGGAGUAUAACCAGAAGAAAAAAAGACCUGAUAUAUGUAACCUAUUAAAUUUAAAGUACUGUCUUUAAAUUCCACAUCAAACGCAUGUACUAUGCAGACACAGGUUUUUUGGUUCAUUUAUUUUUCUUUAUUGCAGUGGAUUGAUUUGAUAGAUAUGUUGAAUUACUACCUUGCUGUACAUAUUAUUUAAUAAACUUUAUUCAGAAUUGCGUGGCA